GCGGUGAAAUUUGUAUUUUCAAAAAUUGCUGCGGUCCCCCGCUUCCAAAUGAGCAAUAACGUCCUUUGUAAUGUUUAUUUUUAGUUUACUCAUUGUGAUAUUUCGGCGUCAAGAAGACUCUGGGCCUGGACUGGAUCCAACUGGUCCAAAACAUCGUCCAAAUUUUAUUUCAUUGUCUUACUCUCAAAAAAUUAGCGUAUUACUGUGCGCUACCGUCCCUAUGAACAUUUCGAACGUAGUCUUGUUUCCGGUAUCUGAAGCUCGUGAAGGGCUGAGUGUCGAUCUAAAUUUGAUGUGAUUUUACUAAUUAAUUAGGUGAUUUUUGUGAGUGUUUCGCCAUUGAGAUAAUUGUGAGAGAUAUUGGUUCAUACUUGGAUAAAUAAUAAUAUAGAGCCCCAUUAAUGAUGACGUGCACUUAGUAAAUUGCCGAUAGUUAUCGAUGAGGCGUUUGAAGAAUUAUAGAUAGUGGUAGUGGUCCAGUGCUCAGCAACAGCUGCUGUCCAUGGUGGGGGGUGAACGGGACGGCGAUGAGCUGGCUGCGCGCUGGGACGUCCCUGCUACAUUGGAAAACGCGGGCGGCAGCAUGGGGGGCAGGGACGUCCGUGUCCCAAGCAUAUCCCAAGUGUCCCCACCGUUGUUGUCAUCGUUGCCGCCGCCUCUGCCGCUGCAACAGCAGCACAAGAGGCCGUUCGCGAGGUCCAUGUCCUCGCUACCACCAGAGCCCUUCAUGAUCAUGCGUUCGAAAGCCCUCAAUAGGAGGGUGAUCGUGAACGUAGGGGGAGUGAAGCAUGAAGUGCUUUGGAGGACUUUAGAUAGACUCCCUCACACCCGAUUGGGUCGAUUGAGGGACUGCAAUACUCACGAAGCCAUCAUGGAACUAUGUGACGAUUAUUCACUUGUUGACAACGAGUAUUUUUUUGAUAGGCAUCCGAAGUCUUUUAGUUCUAUUUUGAACUUCUAUCGGACAGGCAAACUCCAUUUGGUCGACGAAAUGUGCGUGCUUGCGUUCAGUGACGACCUAGAAUAUUGGGGAAUUGACGAACUUUAUUUGGAAUCCUGUUGCCAACAUAAAUACCAUCAGAGGAAGGAACACGUCCACGAAGAAAUGAGGAAAGAGGCGGAAUCGUUGAGGCAACGGGAUGAGGAGGAGUUUGGUGACGACAAGUGCUCCCAAUACCAGAAAUGGUUAUGGGAUAUGCUAGAGAAACCGACAACUUCCAUUGCGGCAAGGGUGAUCGCCAUCGUGUCGAUCCUGUUCAUAGUGGUAUCGACGGUAGCCUUAACCCUUAACACUAUACCAAGUUUCCAAGUCAACGACGAGAAAGGUAACUUACAAGACAACCCUCAGUUAGCAAUGGUAGAGGCCGUUUGCAUCACGUGGUUCUCGUUAGAAUAUAUACUGCGAUUUAGUGCGUCGCCCAACAAGUGGAAAUUCUUUAAGGGUGGACUAAACAUAAUCGACUUGUUAGCUAUUUUGCCGUAUUUUGUGUCAUUGUUCCUUUUGGAGACGAACAAGAACGCGACCGAUCAGUUCCAAGACGUACGUCGGGUCGUUCAGGUGUUUCGGAUAAUGCGAAUCCUCAGAAUUCUAAAGUUAGCACGUCACUCGACCGGCUUGCAAUCGUUAGGUUUCACCCUGCGCAAUUCUUACAAAGAACUCGGUCUCUUAAUGCUCUUCCUCGCUAUGGGAGUCUUGAUAUUUUCGAGUUUGGCGUAUUUCGCGGAAAAAGAAGAGCCAGGUACAAAGUUCAUAAGCAUACCGGAGACGUUCUGGUGGGCAGGUAUAACCAUGACCACUGUUGGUUACGGGGAUAUCUACCCGACGACGCCACUGGGCAAGGUCAUAGGAAGCGUGUGUUGUAUUUGCGGAGUCCUGGUGAUCGCUUUGCCCAUUCCCAUCAUUGUUAAUAAUUUUGCCGAGUUCUAUAAAAAUCAGAUGCGAAGGGAAAAGGCCCUCAAACGAAGGGAGGCGCUAGAGCGCGCUAAACGCGAGGGCAGCAUUGUCUCCUUCCACCAUAUCAACUUAAGGGAUGCGUUUGCGAAAAGCAUGGACCUCAUUGAUGUCAUCGUAGAUACAGGGCACAAUUUGCCACGAAUGGAUGCAAAUAGUGCAGAAGGAGAACCGACAUUGGGGAAGAACCCAAGUCAAGCAGACUCGAGCUACUCUCAAAGGUCCGUCGAUCUUCUCAACAGACCACGUCGAAUCAACUCGUCGCAGAUACCGUGUCUUCCAACGAACGAAGGACCUCCCGUGCCAUGUUCUCCGUUGUCUCAACAUCGCAUUCUCGAUAUCACCACCUACGAACCCCAACAGCUUGUCAUGACCGCUCCCCUGGCCCAAGACGAGACUCAACUCAUGCCUUCGACUCCCAAAGAUCUCAUUUCACCAGGUGUAAGUACCGCACUUGUACACGCUUGUGUUGCUAAUGAUGGACUUAUUAUUAUUAUUAUGUAUCUAUUCUGUGUGAUGUCUGUCACAUCCAAUAACGACAAAUCUGCCCAGUGUAACUGNGCGCAGCAUCGUAAUCAAUCAUUAUUUUCUAAUAAAUUGCAGGUGAUCGCCAUCGUGUCGAUCCUGUUCAUAGUGGUAUCGACGGUAGCCUUAACCCUUAACACUAUACCAAGUUUCCAAGUCAACGACGAGAAAGGUAACUUACAAGACAACCCUCAGUUAGCAAUGGUAGAGGCCGUUUGCAUCACGUGGUUCUCGUUAGAAUAUAUACUACGAUUUAGUGCGUCGCCCAACAAGUGGAAAUUCUUUAAGGGUGGACUAAACAUAAUCGACUUGUUAGCUAUUUUGCCGUAUUUUGUGUCAUUGUUCCUUUUGGAGACGAACAAGAACGCGACCGAUCAGUUCCAAGACGUACGUCGGGUCGUUCAGGUGUUUCGGAUAAUGCGAAUCCUCAGAAUUCUAAAGUUAGCACGUCACUCGACCGGCUUGCAAUCGUUAGGUUUCACCCUGCGCAAUUCUUACAAAGAACUCGGUCUCUUAAUGCUCUUCCUCGCUAUGGGAGUCUUGAUAUUUUCGAGUUUGGCGUAUUUCGCGGAAAAAGAAGAGCCAGGUACAAAGUUCAUAAGCAUACCGGAGACGUUCUGGUGGGCAGGUAUAACCAUGACCACUGUUGGUUACGGGGAUAUCUACCCGACGACGCCACUGGGCAAGGUCAUAGGAAGCGUGUGUUGUAUUUGCGGAGUCCUGGUGAUCGCUUUGCCCAUUCCCAUCAUUGUUAAUAAUUUUGCCGAGUUCUAUAAAAAUCAGAUGCGAAGGGAAAAGGCCCUCAAACGAAGGGAGGCGCUAGAGCGCGCUAAACGCGAGGGCAGCAUUGUCUCCUUCCACCAUAUCAACUUAAGGGAUGCGUUUGCGAAAAGCAUGGACCUCAUUGAUGUCAUCGUAGAUACAGGGCACAAUUUGCCACGAAUGGAUGCAAAUAGUGCAGAAGGAGAACCGACAUUGGGGAAGAACCCAAGUCAAGCAGACUCGAGCUACUCUCAAAGGUCCGUCGAUCUUCUCAACAGACCACGUCGAAUCAACUCGUCGCAGAUACCGUGUCUUCCAACGAACGAAGGACCUCCCGUGCCAUGUUCUCCGUUGUCUCAACAUCGCAUUCUCGAUAUCACCACCUACGAACCCCAACAGCUUGUCAUGACCGCUCCCCUGGCCCAAGACGAGACUCAACUCAUGCCUUCGACUCCCAAAGAUCUCAUUUCACCAGGUGCUAACGUCAAAAUAUCGAAUGCCAACAAGAAGUGUGAGAAAUUUGACGAAAUUCCUAACGAAUUCGAGUGUUGCUUUUGCACAUCAAAGGAUUUCAAGGAAUUCGUUGAUGCAGAAAACCUAAUGCCUUUACCAACGAGUGACUUCCAUAAUCCUGUGUGUCUCGAGAUGAAGACUCUCCGCAAUCAGAGCCUCUUGGAGGCGGAAAGGUUAAAAUUACUCGUACCUUUCACUUAUAAUAACGGCAACAAUAAUAAUAACAACAAUAGUAACGUUGACAUGGGCAGCAUGGACAGCUCAGAUACGUUUGCGAGCUGUAACACUCAUCCAUGUCCAUCCCAAGGAGAUUUGACAUCGGAUGUGGUUGAUCCAUCCUGCGCUAUCGACAGCAAUCUGUAUGUGAAUCCUCUGGAUAAGAGUAGUGAUAAUAGUCCGACUACGCCGUUUUCUAUGAGACCUUCGGUGAAAAAAUCGGCCUCGGGUGACACGGCUCUGAGAAGUUUGGCUACCACGCCACUCGAAGAAAAUCUUAUGGGAGAGUUUGGAACCAUCGAACGAGGAAGUCGAGUCAGUCUUAACGAUUCGCCAUCCAUGAGAAACAGGAAAACUAGAUUUCAGCAAUCAGGAAGACUUCGAACAAGAUUUGGUAAUGCAAUGGAAAGGGGUUCUCAGGAUAGUUUAGAAGGAAAGAGGAAUACAAGGAAAGCUCUUAUUUCGUCCAAAGGAUUUGCUUCAGCCACCAGAUUAAUAAACCAACAUCUGUUCGGUAUCCAAAGCCUUGGUGGAACCAAAACAGGAAAGAACUGCGAAAGUAAAUCUUCACUUUCCAUGGAUUCCGUAGAUAGUAGAACGGGUUCAUCUGUAGAACACCACAAAAGAUCAAAAUCAAUUCUCAAGAAAUCAGACGGAGGAGGAAGCCACAAGAACAACGCAGAUCCUGAAAGCGAGAGACUGAUCCAAGACAACGCAUCGAACGUAGACAUGGAAUUUUCAUCCCCCAGUAAACAACGUUUCUCCUCUCCUCCUUCCAUCCAUAGAGCACUCAGCCAGAAAACCCUUAAUAGAACUAUGACAACCAAUCCAAAAACCACAGUGGAUAAAGCCCUAUCAUCACCGUUGUUCCUUCUAGACGACUUUAAUAAGAAACAAAGUUAUGGUGAACAAGUGACUGGAGACAGGGUGAAGCAGUGUGGUAACAACAUCAGAGACAUACCCCUUUACAUUUGCCCCCCUCCUCCACCCAUGGAUCAGUCCCCUACGGAAGAGACCAGGUUGCUUUUGAACCCCUCGGGGACAUCUCUUCAUAAGCAACCGAAUAAUUAUUUAUCAAAUACGAACGGAUCUUCUUCGUAUAACGAACGAACAAGAUUUGGUAAUGCAAUGGAAAGGGGUUCUCAGGAUAGUUUAGAAGGAAAGAGGAAUACAAGGAAAGCUCUUAUUUCGUCCAAAGGAUUUGCUUCAGCCACCAGAUUAAUAAACCAACAUCUGUUCGGUAUCCAAAGCCUUGGUGGAACCAAAACAGGAAAGAACUGCGAAAGUAAAUCUUCACUUUCCAUGGAUUCCGUAGAUAGUAGAACGGGUUCAUCUGUAGAACACCACAAAAGAUCAAAAUCAAUUCUCAAGAAAUCAGACGGAGGAGGAAGCCACAAGAACAACGCAGAUCCUGAAAGCGAGAGACUGAUCCAAGACAACGCAUCGAACGUAGACAUGGAAUUUUCAUCCCCCAGUAAACAACGUUUCUCCUCUCCUCCUUCCAUCCAUAGAGCACUCAGCCAGAAAACCCUUAAUAGAACUAUGACAACCAAUCCAAAAACCACAGUGGAUAAAGCCCUAUCAUCACCGUUGUUCCUUCUAGACGACUUUAAUAAGAAACAAAGUUAUGGUGAACAAGUGACUGGAGACAGGGUGAAGCAGUGUGGUAACAACAUCAGAGACAUACCCCUUUACAUUUGCCCCCCUCCUCCACCCAUGGAUCAGUCCCCUACGGAAGAGACCAGGUUGCUUUUGAACCCCUCGGGGACAUCUNGAGUACCAUGUGGUAUUUAA